UGCGCAGGACGCCCCUGUGUUGCUGGAGGGCGUGGUGGGGAGGCAGUAGGAGGCGGGUACAGGCCGGGUUCCCACCUCUGAGGUGCAGAGCUGUGGCACUGAGGCAGAGGCUCCCUUUUUGCAGGGCAGAACAUUUCGAAAAUGUUUCAAGUUCCUGUGGAAAACUUGGACUACGUCAGAACGAUGCGGCCGUGGGUGCAGAGCCUUCUUCUGAAGGUUGGACUCGACAACUGCAGAGAACUGUCGAGGGAGCUUGAAGGCUUUGGCCCAGGAGACAGGUACUUUUUCAAUACGUCUUGGCCAGAUGUUGCUCCAAGGGGACAUUUGACAAAGAAGAUGAGAUACCGACUCAAGCCGUACUGCUGCAGCCUUUGCACGUACUCAGCAGAUGUGCUUGCUUCUCUCAAAAACCAUCUACAUCGUUGCCAUGAAGAUGAGGCAGACCAAGAGCUGCUGAUCCAGUGCCCAGAUUGUUCAUUUGCUUCACGGCCUAAUGUGGUGAGCACGCACUUCUGGUUAUUCCAUGAGCCAGCUGGGAAAGUUCACAGCCCCAAGGAGAAAGGUCCAGGCAAUGGGAAGUCAUUGAAGGGUUACAUAAAACAUUUUACAUGUUUAAAAUGUAGCUUUUCCAAUACGUCCUUCUGUAGCAUGAAGAAGCAUGUGCUGAUCACCCAUUUUCACUCCUUACUUAAUGCCUACAUUGGCUUUCAGCCUAAGGAAGAGCAGCAGCAGCCAGAAGCCAGUGCUACUCUUUCUGUGACAAAUACUCUACCACCCGAAAGAUACUAUUGUAAAAAGUGUAGUGCCAGUAUGUGCAGCCAGGAUGAUCUGAUGUCCCAUAUUUUGACAUCAGAUGUUCACAAGGAUUUGGAGAAUAAGUUGAGGUCUGUGAUUUCAGAACACAACAAGAGGACUGGGCUUCUGAAGCAAAUGCCCAUUGCUCCAAAGUCACAGGCAGGCUUGUCCAGGCCACCAAACAGCAGUGUUCCACAUACAGCUGCUCCAGUAAAGCCACCUUGGUCCCACCUUGCCUUGUCACAGAAUACUCCAAGUUCAGCCAUGGUACAGCCAGUGACCUUGGCCCAACCUGUGACCUCUGCCCAUGUACAGCCACCAGUAGGGGUCCCAGGUCCUUCCUGGAGCCAUACCCAUUCUCCAUCUGCUGCUGUCCAGUCCGACAUGGCUUUUGUCUCCAGCCCUCUACCAGUGGGCCAGAUCAGCCUCACACAGAAGCCUUCAGCUCACUCAACUGUCUUUUUCUCAGGCAGGGUUUCAUCUAAUAAGCCUGUAGACACUCCUGCACUACCCAUGAGUCAGCCACUUGGGCCUGUGAAUAAGUCUGUUGGAAUGAGCAAUGUCCCAGUGAGUCAAGCCAUCCAACUUGAGAUUUUACCCCUGACACAGUCCAUUGGAUCUGCAAGUCAACUAGCAGGACCUGCAGUCAGAUCCGCUGGGUCUACAAGCAGGCCAGUAGAGCCCACAAGCAGACUGAUCAGGCCUGGUACCCUAUCUUCUGGUCUUUCUGUCAGUCCUGGGGUUCUGCAGACCACAUCACCAGGAACAAUUUCUGUGGGCCAGGUAGUCUCAUUGGCAGUCCUUCCUGAAGGUCAGAUAACCCCUGCUUCUGUGAUUCCUGCACAGACAGCAGCUUCUGGGGCCCUUCCCACUGGUCAAGCAGUCCAGUCCAGGGUUCUCCAUGUAGGCCAGACAGUCUCAUCACAGGUUCUCCCCUCUUGUCAGACAGUGUCCUUUAGGGUUCUCCCUGCAGAUCAAGUGGUAUCUGGGUUGCUGUCCCCCAAACAGCUGGUGAUCUCAGAUGUCCCUGUGAACCAGGGUAUGAGCUCUGGUAUUCCUCUGCUUGGUCAGCCUGUUACAUCAGGAGUCCUUCCUGCAGGUCCACCAGUUAGACCCAGUGUGCUUCAGCUCAAUCAGUCUGUUGGCACCGGCAUCCUGCAGGUGAACCAGUCAGUGAGAGCUGAAACUUCACAGAACAACAUGUUCCUCAAGUCAGGCUCUGCGUUCAGGAAGCUCCUUCCAACAGGGGCACAGGUUAAUGGGAGACCCCUUUACAUGCUGGAUCCAAUGUCUGUCACUCUACCUAUUUCUCAGAGUGCUGGCCCAGUGACUGUCACUCCAUCCCAGGUGCCCAACCAAUUCCCGUCCCCUAGUGUGGGUCCGCAAUUAGACAAUGCUCUACCCAGCUUGUCCUCCUCACAAGGGCUGGUAGACACUGCAGACCAGGGCAUAUUUGUUCAGAUCUCUUCAUCUGAGGUGGAUAUGAAUGUGGUUGUCAGACAGGGCAAGCAGUGGAAAACCUGCCCAGUUUGCCAUGUAUUCUUCCCAUUGAAUGUCUACCAGGCUCACAUGGAAGUGGCUCACAAACAAAGCGAGUCCAACUCCAGUGAGAAACUUGAACCAGUAAAGCUGGCAGUGUGCGCACCAUUUCUUAAGUGGACAAGGGAGAAGGCCAUGCGUUGCCUCUCCUGCAAAUGCCUAGUCUCAGAGGAGGAGCUAAUGUACCACUUAUUCACACAUGGCUUGGGGUGCCUGUAUUGCUCAUGUACUUUCCACAACAUGCAGGGUCUCUUGGAGCAUAGCAGAAUUAAACACCUUAGGAAGAAGAAGCUGUCUUUGGAUUACAGUAACAGGGGCUCCCAGUUGAGCCUGGAUGCUAAUGGUGACCCAUUGUUCCCCUAUCUUGAUUUCAUCAUCACUCUGCCAAGAGAGAAGACUGGAGAACAGGAAGUCUUCCUGGCUAUCCUCUCAGGGAUAUACUCUACAUCACUGGUUCCCUUAUAUGUUAAGGUGAGGCCUCAGAUUAAGGUUGUACCUAAGUGUCUCAGUGAACAAGAGCUGACCUGUCCUCUCUGUUUGAGCACAUUCAUGAUAGCCGAUGCCUAUAUGUUACAUUUGAAGGACAGACACCAUAUUAUGCCAAUGGCCUAUACAGUGCUCAGUUCUCCUGCCUUCAGGUGUGUCCACUGUUGUGGGGUCUACCCUGGAAGCUUGAGUAUGGCAGCCAUCACUCGUCAUUUGCUGUACUGUGAACAUGCUUCCAAAAACAACAGCUCAGACGUGCAAGUUGGGUCAAGUUUUGUUGAGAGCAGUCAACUGCAGUUCAUCAAUGGGGAAAGGAUUCCUGAUUCUACCUGUCCUUUAAAGAGAAAGUGGCAAGAUGGCCCUUUGGGGGCAGAAGACCAGAAGGGAGAUGAGAAAGUUCCCUUGCUCAUACUAAAGGGUGAUGCAGCAUCAGGUCCAGAGGAAGGGACUAGUGGUAUGCCUUUGAAGAGACAGAGGAAUGAAAGUACAACUAAUGGACUGGUGGCCAAUGAUGAUUUACUCCAGAUCCUAGCAUUAGAUCCUAAAAAAUACAAAGACUACUCCUAUGAGAAGAAGAAGCAGUUUCUUAGAGAGUAUUUCCAUAAAAAACCAUAUCCUAGCAGAAAAGAAGUAGAACUGUUGUCUUUAUUCUUGAAGAUGGAAAGAAUUAAUGUGGCUUUGUUUUUUGGAACAAGAAGAUACACUUGCUUGAAAGCAAUAGAAGUCCACAGACCCUCAGUACUUCUAGGCUUUGAUAUGUCUAAACUCAAAAAUGUUAAACACAGACUGAACUUUGAGUGUGAACCAAAAAGCUCAGCUUAAAGUCCUAGGCAGUAGCUUGAGCUGACUUUGGAACCCUCCUCUGCUCUGUUGUAUUGGUUUCUGUGGCUUUUCUGGGUGUUUCAGGUGCUCAGGAAGACCUAGGUAAGAAGCAAAUGCUACUCCAGAUGUACUGAUUCCUGUAGUUCAGUCUCUUAGCAGUUACUCUUAAGUGUCAUUCCCCCUCCCUCCCUCAUGUGAACUAAGUUUUGGUAUUCCAUAUAUGGCUUAUUUUCCUAGUAGCUUCCAUAUCAAAUGGUACAGAUCUAAAGUCUACAAAUACUUGUCUUAUCCUUUUAGGAAAUUUCUGCUUGUUUGUAAAUGAUUAGUUGAAAAUAAGAAUAUUGUUCUGGAGCAUUAUAGGCAGCAGCUAAGGACACAGCCAUUUAGAGAAGGGAGCACUGUAAUGUGUAUGGCUCUCUAAGAACACUUCUUUAAAAAUUUACUUAUAUUUUAUAUAUGAGUGUUCUGCAUGACAAAUGAGGGCAUCAGAUCUAUUAUAGA